GUAGUGGGGGUGCCAGGGCGCGGGGAGGGGAAAGGGAGAAAAAAGGAGGGAGCGGCGGCGCCCCCCGGCCCCGGCUGGGACCACUGCGACAUGGCGGCGCACCUCUCUUACGGGCGGGUGAACCUGAACGUGUUGCGCGAGGCGGUGCGGAGGGAGCUGCGCGAAUUCCUGGACAAGUGCGCGGGCAGCAAGGCAAUAGUUUGGGAUGAAUACCUAACAGGACCAUUUGGACUGAUUGCACAAUAUUCCUUAUUGAAGGAACAUGAGGUGGAAAAAAUGUUCACACUUAAAGGAAGUCGGCUGCCUCCAGCUGAUGUCAAGAACAUCAUUUUUUUUGUCAGACCCAGGCUAGAAUUGAUGGAUAUAAUUGCUGAAAACGUACUCAGUGAAGAUAGACGCUCCCCUGCAAGAGAUUUCCACAUUUUGUUUGUCCCACGUCGGAGUUUGUUGUGUGAACAGCGUUUGAAGGAUCAGGGUGUUCUGGGGUCUUUUAUUCAUAGAGAAGAAUACAGUCUAGACCUCAUUCCAUUUGAUGGCGACUUGUUAUCCAUGGAAUCUGAGAGUGCUUUUAAAGAAUGUUAUUUGGAGAAUGACCAGACAAGUCUGUACCACGCAGCCAAAGGACUGAUGACUCUGCAAGCCUUGUACGGAACCAUCCCCCAGAUCUUUGGCAAAGGGGAAUGUGCUCGGCAAGUGGCCAAUAUGAUGAUCCGAAUGAAAAGAGAGUUCACUGGAAGCCAAAAUUCGAUAUUUCCCGUUUUUGAUACUCUCUUGCUGCUUGACCGUAAUGUUGACUUGUUAACCCCGCUAGCCACUCAACUUACAUAUGAAGGACUCAUUGAUGAAAUUUAUGGCAUUCAAAAUAGUUAUGUGAAACUACCUCCAGAGAAGUUUGCUCCCAAGAAACAGGGAGAAAGUGGGAAGGACCUGCCCACGGAAGCCAAGAAGCUUCAGCUCAAUUCUGCAGAAGAGCUCUAUGCUGAGAUCAGGGACAAAAACUUCAAUGCUGUGGGCUCAGUCCUGAGCAAGAAAGCCAAGAUCAUCUCGGCGGCAUUUGAGGAAAGGCACAAUGCAAAGACGGUUGGUGAGAUUAAGCAGUUUGUUUCACAGCUGCCUCACAUGCAAGCAGCAAGAGGGUCGCUGGCAAACCACACCUCCAUCGCAGAGUUGAUCAAAGACAUUACCACUUCUGAAGAUUUCUUUGAUAAGUUAACAGUGGAGCAAGAAUUUAUGUCUGGAAUAGACACAGAUAAGGUCAACAAUUAUAUUGAAGAUUGCAUUGCUCAAAAACAUCCAUUGAUCAAGAUACUAAGACUGGUUUGCCUUCAGUCUGUGUGCAAUAGUGGGCUCAAGCAGAAAGUGUUAGAUUAUUACAAAAGAGAAAUUCUCCAGACAUAUGGCUAUGAACACAUGCUGACCUUAAACAAUCUAGAGCAAGCCGGAUUGCUCAGACCUCAAAUGGGUGGUAGAAACAAUUACCCCACGAUCAGGAAAACCUUGCGGCUCUGGAUGGAUGAUGUUAACGAGCAGAAUCCCAAUGACAUAUCCUAUGUCUACAGUGGCUAUGCGCCUCUCAGUGUCCGUCUAGCUCAGCUGCUUGCUCGGCCUGGAUGGAGAAGUAUUGAGGAAGUUCUGAAGAUGCUUCCAGGCCCCCAUUUUGAGGAACGACAGCAGUUGCCAGCAGGGUUGCAAAAGAAGCGUCAACAAGGAGAAAACAGAGUUACUUUGGUCUUUUUCCUGGGAGGUGUGACCUAUGCUGAAAUAGCUGCCCUGAGAUUUUUAUCUCAGAUGGAAGAUGGAGGUACAGAAUAUGUCAUUGCUACUACUAAACUAAUGAAUGGAACCAGUUGGAUAGAAUCCCUGAUGGAGAAACCUUUCUAAAUUGGGAUUACUGAGCCAUCCUCGAUCAGCUGCAGCAAGUGGCCAGAGGCAGGACCUCAGGAAGUUGCCUCUUGGAAACAGCUGUUAAAGGAAAGUGGAAGAAAAUGGCAGAAGUACGAAGCGUCUGUGAAGUUAUUGUCUGCUUUGAGCUCUGCUUUUCUUUGUCGGAUUCUGGAUUCCUUUUCUAGCUCAGAAGGCACAAGAAUAACAAAAGACAAUCAUUUUGUACAAGAAACAAAAGACCACCAUGGUCUUAGUUUGGGAUCCUCAGUAGAGGCCCCAAGGAAUUAUGUCAGGGGCUCAGGGCUGUUUGGAUUGGGCUGGUUCAAGGAGAAUUGCACAUCAAGCUCUGAGCCAGUGAGAAUGAAAUAAAAAUGGAGAAUCUAUCCUCUCAUCCCCCUGCUGCUCUCCAUCUCUCACCUCUGACCAGGGGCAUCCACCCAGGAUGGCUAGGGUAAGUGGGGGCAGGCCUGGGCUGGCCCAAAGGCUGCUGAACCCAGGAGGAUUUUUCCUUUCAUCCCUUUACUUUGUAGGAUGCUCCUGAUAUGGCCUUCCUGGGUGGUGUCAGAAUCUGCAGUUGCUGCAGUGACUCUUGCUAAAGACUUUUAGGUCAUAGUAGCUCAGAAAUUAGACUAGUAUGGUCACACAGAGCAGGAACAAAAGCAGCACUUGUGGGUAGCAGAAUGCUUUCAAACCGCUUCCUAUCUGUCUUCCUUCCAGUAUAUGGGAGAACUGGGAGCCUGAAUCCCAAAUAGCACCAAGAAAGGGCUGACAGUGGUAUUGCUGCCCUUCAGUUCCUAGCUGGGCACCAGAGGGACGGCUGUUUCUGGGAAGGGAGCAAGGGUGGUGGUGUCUUCCAAUCUUGCUGCUCACUCAGGAUUCUGGUGGCAAAGGCUAAUAUCUCUCUCCUGGUAUUGCCUCCAUUACUGAGUGGUUAAUAGCAGAACCUAAAUCAGUCGCAUUUUAGUGGGACUUUUACGUGUUAUAAGCCUUGAUUAGAUGAGGAAAGGAAAAACUGGAAGGCCAAAAUACCUAGGUACCAAAUGUCAGUCUUCAGUAUAGUGAGGAUGAGAAAUACUGUAGAUUUAGAUUGAAAUAACAGUAAUGGAAUUAAUUUAGUCUACUUGCUUCAUCCUUGUAGGAUUUGAAAUAAACAACAAUCCUAAAUUUUAGAAAAAGUUUUUAUCCUUCAUUAUCCUGAGGAAAUUUGCUCAGCUAUAGCUAUGUUAUAAAAUCCAAAUUUCAAGAUCCCAGGCCUCUCCCAAUAUUUUUGACAUGUAGGAGUUCAAAUUAAGAGUUCAGUCCUAUCUCUUAACUGUGCCUUCUCCUGUUUACAGGCAAGUUGCUUUUUUCUUUGUGUGCUAAUGUUCACCUUCUCCAUUCUCUAAGCAAAGUCAGGUUUUGAGAAGUUAUUCAGUGAAAGACUCAGAAACAUUAACUACUUCAUUUGUAUAUAAAUAAAAGGCAACUGAUAAUUCCAUAUAAA